UAGAUAAUUGACUAGUCAAAUUGAGCAAUAAUAAGCUAAGGCAGGAGAAUGGGAAGAAUUUUGAUGCAACCCAACUGCCGGUAAGAGCCUGAAAUAUCGAACGUGCAUGAAAAGACUCCCAUUCUUUGUUUGUCUUUGCCACUUACUGUCCUUAUAGUACUGCUGAAUUGCCUUCAUCUCUCCCCCCAAAUUAGAGGAGAGAGUGUAGGAUUCUAGCUGUCUUAUGCCAUAAUUAUACACAUAUUAUCUGGUGCAAAUUUUGGACAUGGGGCAGAAAGCAGUGCCAUGUGAAGUUUAGCUCUGUAAAGCAUGGGGGAGGUGUGGUGUUUUUGUGCUCUUUUUCUGAUCAGCCACUGAAGCACCAUCGUCGUUGUUGAGAACAAUUAUUCUUCUUCAUUUAUGCUACUGCUAUAUAUACUCCUGCGUAACUUAUCAUCAGAGUAUUCGCCGUCGAGUCUAUUCAUAAUCUACAUCUCAAGAUAAUGGAACCGAAUCGUCCAAGCAAGCAGUCCUCACUUGAUCCAUCCUAUUCAAGAGACUCUCGAGGCUCAUUGGAAGUAUUCAAUCCCUCUACCUACUCUUUCAGACCAACUAACUCAAUUUUCCAGUCCUCAUCCACAUGGGAAAGCUGGGAGGAAGGACGUAGUAAGCUUGAGCAGGUUAAGGAGGACGACCUGAAACUCCAACCCAAAUCAAGUCGGCCUGUGCCCGAUGAGAUCACCUCAUGGAUGGCUUUACCUGACCCGACUCCAGCAACCAACAAGACCAUUGCAGCAAUAUCCAGUUUAAAUGAGGAUGAUCAUCAACCGAAACAUAAAGGUUCUACUACUGCCAAGGCUGAGCAGAGAGCAGCUGAGUGGGGUUUAGUACUUAAAACUGAUGAUGAAACUGGGAAGCCACAGGGUGUGACCGUCAGAACUUCAGGUGGGGAUGAAACGAAUACUAAACCCGAAAACUCGAGGAAGGAAUCGGGUGGCUCAGUUCGGAAUUCAGGUGAUUCAUCCGACGGUGGGCUUAGUAGGAACAUCCCGAGAGUGUCUGGAGACUUGAAGGAUGCCUUGUCAACAUUUCAGCAAACAUUUGUUGUAUCAGAUGCCAGCAAACCAGAUCACCCAAUUCUGUAUGCCAGUGAAGGUUUUUUUAAGAUGACUGGGUAUAACUCCAGAGAGGUUAUUGGCAGAAACUGCCGGUUUUUACAGGGAGCAGAUACAGACCCAGAAGAAUUGGAUAAAAUUAGAGAAACUUUACAGAAGGGUACCAAUUACUGUGGGAGAUUGCUGAAUUAUAAGAAAGAUGGCACACCUUUCUGGAACCUUCUGACAAUUGCACCCAUAAAAGAUGAAGCAGGAAAAGUCCUCAAAUACAUUGGGAUGCAAGUGGAGGUGAGCAAGCACACAGAAGGCUCUAAGGAUAAGAUGGUCCGUCCCAAUGGACUGCCAGAAUCCUUGAUUAGAUAUGAUGCCCGCCAGAAAGACAUGGCAGCUAGUUCAGUGAAUGAGCUACUGCAGGCAGUGAAAAGGCCUCGGGCUCUAAGUGAAUCAGGAAAUCGGCCCUUCCGAAGAAAAUCAGGUGGCAAUGAUGAAAAAGACAGAUCACAGUCUCAAAUGAGGAGAAAUUCAGAACAUGUACCUCCAACUAGACGUAUGUCAUUGGAACGGCUCAGCGAGGUGCCUGAGAAGAAAUCUAAAAAAUCUGGACGCCGUUCUUUCAUGGGCAUUUUAAAGAAAAGUAAGGCCAGCGAGGAGCCUGUCAAUGAUGAAGAAGCAUUUGAUGAUAAUGGAAGUACUGACGAUGAUGAUUAUACUUACGAUUAUGAUGAUACGAGACCUGACAGUGUAGAUGAUAAAGUAAGGAAAAGGGAAAUGAGAAAGGGUAUUGAUCUUGCUACCACACUUGAACGUAUAGAGAAAAAUUUUGUGAUCACUGAUCCAAGGCUGCCUGAUAAUCCCAUUAUUUUUGCAUCUGAUAGUUUCUUAGAGCUGACUGAGUACAGUCGGGAAGAAAUUUUGGGAAGAAAUUGCAGGUUUCUCCAGGGGUCUGAAACUGAUCCAGAAACAGUACGUAAAAUCAGAGAUGCAAUAGACAACGAAACAGAAGUUACAGUUCAGCUGAUCAACUACACAAAAACUGGGAAAAAGUUCUGGAAUGUGUUCCAUCUACAGCCCAUGCGCGACCAAAAGGGAGAAGUUCAGUACUUUAUCGGGGUUCAGUUAGAUGGUAGUCAACAUGUUGAACCGCUUCAAAACAGCAUCCCGGUAGAGGCUGUUACAGAGAGUGAGAAACUGAUUAAAGAAACUGCACAAAAUGUGGAUGUUGCAGUUCGAGAACUCCCAGAUGCCAACAAGAAACCUGAGGACUUGUGGGCUAAACAUUCAAAUGUUGUACAACCAAAGCCCCACAGGAAGGACUGUGCCUCAUGGAAAGCCAUCCAAAAGGUCAUAGAAAGUGGAGAACCAAUAGGCUUGAAACAUUUUAAACCAGUGAAGCCUCUAGGAGCUGGUGACACUGGAAGUGUGCAUCUGGUGGAAUUGUGUGGAACAGGUGAAUUUUUCGCCAUGAAAGCAAUGGAUAAAAAUGCAAUGCUCAACCGUAAUAAGGUCCACAGAGCUUGUGCAGAAAGGGAAAUUCUUGAUAUGCUUGAUCACCCUUUCCUCCCUGCAUUAUAUGCUUCAUUUCAGACGAAAACACACAUUUGUCUGAUAACUGACUACUGCCCUGGUGGGGAGCUCUUUCUACUUUUGGAUAGACAACCAACAAAGGUCUUGAAGGAAGAUGCAGUAAGAUUCUAUGCAGCGGAGGUGGUCGUUGCAUUGGAGUAUCUCCAUUGCCAAGGUAUAAUUUACAGGGACCUAAAGCCAGAGAAUAUCCUAAUUCAAAGCAAUGGCCAUAUAGCUUUGACAGAUUUUGAUCUAUCGUGUCUGACAUCUUGCAUGCCACAGUUGCUGAUUCCAGAUAUCAACCAAAAGAAAAGGCAACAGAAGGCUCAACAAACUCCUAUAUUUUUGGCUGAACCUAUGCGAGCAUCAAAUUCUUUUGUAGGAACAGAGGAAUACAUAGCUCCGGAAAUUAUUGGUGGGGCAGGCCAUACAAGUGCAGUGGAUUGGUGGGCAUUAGGAAUACUCUUAUAUGAGAUGCUCUAUGGGUAUACGCCUUUCCGUGGUAAAACGAGGCAAAAGACAUUCACCAAUGUGCUUCAAAAGCAUCUUAAAUAUCCAAGUAAUAAGCCGGUGAGUCUACAUGCCAAACAGCUGAUAUACCAAUUGUUGCAGAAAAACCCCAAGGACAGGUUAGGGGCAUGUGAAGGUGCAAACGAAAUUAAGCGACAUCCAUUCUUCCGCGGAAUGAAUUGGGCUCUUGUUCGCUGCGUGAAUCCUCCUGAGCUUGAAGUUCCUUUCUCCACUGACCCAGAGAAGGAAGCAAAAAUCAUAGACCCUGAAAUGCUGGAUCUUCAAACAAAUAUCUUUUAAGAGGAUCAUGCUACAUUUCAAGAGCUUCUGAUUUUUUUUGUUUUUAUCUAGGAAAAAAAGGAAAUAGAUAUCAGAUUUGUUCAUUAAAGUUGUGUUCCUUUGGUUCUGUCAAAAGAUGUAGCUGUAGGGGGGAAAUAAUAAGAUUUUGCUUGUUUUAUUCCUUGUAGUAUGUAAUGUUUGGAUUAAUAUGUCACAUUUGAUAAUCCAAAGAGUAUUUGUCUUUUAA